UUUUUCUCUCUCCUAUUCAGGAUUUUGUAACAAAAACCUAUAUCCAUCCUCUAUUUACAGAGUUCAAAAUGGGAGAUGUCGAUCGUAUUGAGCGAUGUUUUUCUUCAUUCAAAAUUAUCCCCAUUAAUGACGAUACUCUUCACUCCGAAGGGACUGGUUUGAAAGAAAUAGAGAGUUGGUUACCCAUAACGGAAUCCAGAAAAGGGAAUGCUUAUACGGCAGCGUUUCAUCUCUUUUCUUCCGCUGUUGGAACUCCGGCGCUUGUGCUACCCUUUGCUUUCACCUCACUCGGAUGGUCAUGGGGAAUAGUAGUUCUCAUUGUGAUUUUUGCAUGGCGGCUCUACACCAUGUGGCUCUUAGUUCAUCUUCAUGAAAUGGUCAAUGGAACUCGUUACAGCAGAUACCUUCAACUCGCCAUAGUAGCUUUCGGAGAAAAAUUGGGAAAGUGCCUUUCCAUUUUCCCAACAAUGUAUCUAUCAGGGGGCACUUGUGUCAUGUCUAUUAUAGCAGGGGGACGUACCCUACAACUUUUCUACAAUACAAUAUGUGAAAAUGAUCAACAUUGUCUACACAAAUCACUGAGUGGAGCUCAAUGGUUCUUAGUGUUUGUGUGUCUUGCCAUUUUAAUUGCCCAAUUUUUUCCAAAUUUGAACUCAUUGGCUUGGGUCUCCUUUGUUGGUUCAAUCUUGGGUGUGACCUAUUUCACUAUGCUUUGGGCACUUUCCAUUGUCAAAGGAAGGCCUAAUGGGGUCACUUAUAAUCCCUCAAAUAAUGUAACAACAACUAUGGCUCAAUUUCGCGCUGUCCUAAAUGGUAUUGCUGUCGUUGCCAUUGCUUUUCGAGGUCACAAUCUUGUAUUGGAAAUACAGGGGACAUUGCCUUCAAAUCCAAAACAUCCAACAAAGACAAGAAUGUGGAGAGGAGUGAUGGCAUCUUACUCUUUUGUUGCAAUGUGUGUAUUUCCCUUGGCAAUUGGAGGAUAUUGGGCUUAUGGGAAUAUGAUGCCUGGAAAUGGAAUUAUGGGUGCAAUUGCAAAGUACCACCAAGAGAGUACACCAAAAUGGUUAAUAGGCACAAUAUAUAUGAUGAUAGUGAUCCAAUGUUUAUGCUCAUUUCAAAUUUACGCCAUGCCUGUCUUUGAUAACUUGGAAAGAAUAUACGUAAGCAGGCACCUCAAGGCGUGUCCAAGGUGGGUUCGAUCAUGCAUCAAGCUAUUCUUCGGUGGAUUGACAUAUUUCAUCUCCGUAGCAUUUCCUUUCUUGGGAAGCCUAGCCGCGUUUGUAGGAGGGAUUGCGUUGCCAUUGUCUCUGGUUUACCCUUGCUUCAUGUGGAUUUCAAUCAACAAACCUCAAAGAAAUAGCUUAAUGUAUUGCCUCAACAUGUUUCUUGGGUGUUUGGGCAUAUUAAUAAGUGUUGUGCAAGUUGCUGGUGCGUUAUGGAAUUUGGUGGUUGAUAAAUUGGAUACUAACUUUUUUAAUCCUUAGUGGAAAAGUAUAUAUAAAGAUUAAAGGCGAAUGUGCUUAUAACUUUUGACUUUUUAAUUUAUUACUUUUAAUUUAGUUCUAACCAUGAACAUUUGGGCAACUCUUGUACUAAUAGUGCAAUUUAACUUGCUAAUGAAAGACACAUGCCUUGCCUUUUAAGAUAAUAUGCUAAUUCCACU